CUUCUUUCCAUCACACGUUUAGCAUCCGCCCAUUAUCUUAUUAAUGGCUGGAGCUUUUAGUGGUCACCUCUUGGAUUCAUACAAUAUGACAAUGCAACGGCCAGCACCAGGAUUCGGUCAGCCUCAGUCGAGGGUUGUCACCAGCGGCGCGAUGUCGUUCGAUGCGUCGAUGCAUGGCAGUUUUACGUCAGCCAACUCUUAUGCUGAUCACUCAUUCUCUAUGGAUAUGUCCGACGAUACGGCCAUCAAGAUCGCUACGCUUCAGGCUAAGCUAAACAAGAAGCUUGGGCCGGAGUACAUAUCACAGAGACCUGGUCCUGGAGGUGGACCUAAGCUCACGUAUGCGGAAGGGUGGAAAAUCAUUAACAUCGCAAACGAGGUGUUUGGGUUCAAUGGAUGGAGUUCCCAAAUUGUCAAUAUGACUACCGACUACAUGGACUACAAUGAGGAGUCCAAGAGAUGUAACGUUGGUGUUUCUUGUAUUGUCCGUAUCACCCUUAGAUGCGGUGUGUUUCAUGAAGAUGUUGGAUAUGGAGCGGCAGAGAAUGCGAAGGGUAAAUCUCAGGCUAUCGACAAGAGUAAGAAGGAAGCUGUGACUGAUGCAGUGAAGCGAGCGCUCCGCAACUUCGGAUCGCUCCUUGGAAAUUGUUUAUAUGACAAGUCAUAUACCCAAGAGAUCACGAAGAUUAAAGUCUCACCUGCAAAAUUUGACAAGUCCGAACUAUAUCGCCGUCCAGAGUUUGAUGACACAAAACCUCACAUAUCAGGCAGUAUUUCAAUGGCUGUACCUGCUUCCGUGCAAACAGCACCACAAACGUCUGCGAUUACUCCAGAUGUGAAAGCGAACAGGGUUGUAGUCAAGUCUGAGCCACCUCAGGGAGCAGAGACCCCGAUCAAAUAUAUCCCCCGACAUUUACGACAGGGGAUGGCUUCGGGUGCAAGUGGUUCCACAAGCGCUACCCCAAUUUGUAAUGACCAAGCAUCUGGGAAUGGUCACGGUACUACCAACGGCCUGAACACUCCUAUCCAUACACCAGUCCAACGAGCGGUGAAUGCGAAUCGCGGACAGUAUAGGCAAACCGCCCCGUCACCACUUGUUCAGCCUGAGCAACGGCGUGUGUCUUUCACUGAACCUGCUGCAGAACCCCCGCCAGCGGACGAGGUUGAACUACCAGUGGCUGACGAGACGUCAUACAGUAUUGACUCAGAAGAUGACGAAUUCUACGCCAACGUUGACCUCGGGGAUGGUGAUUUGGGGAGACCGAUCGACUUCGAGGAGGGCAUGGGCGGAGUGAGUGUCUCGGACGUGACUUUUGACCAAAGGGAAACCACUACGUCUGGGAAUCCUCGAGAAUCCUCAAAGGCUCCCCAGGAAAACAUGGCGCAUGGCCAGGAGAUCACUAGCUCUAGAAGAGGCGAAGUGACUGCUCCAGGAGGUUCUCGUUUUUCUCACUCGAAUGCACCACGUUUCCAAGCUGGUCCAUCGACUGCAAAUUCAGUACGUCAUGGUCUCGACGAUGCAGUAUGUGCACCUGCAGUGCCUCCGAAAGCACGCGAGUCAAGCUCCAGUGCAUCUGCUUCCUUUUCAGAGACCAGGCGUACCACGCCAUCCAUGGGAGGGUUCCAUUUUCCUCCGGGCAUGAAUCCGGUUGCACAACAACCCAAACCAGUGGGGCCACCUCAACCUCCAAACUGGACAGCGGGUUCUACUUCCAGCACAUCCAACAUUUCGGGCCUGAAACGUAAAGCUGACACCAUGCAGGCCUCUUCAUCGUCAUCCAGACCUUUGCAAGGCCUUGGCCUUGCUCAGCAGCAACAACCGGUCGCUGGAAACCCUAACGGAACUCGAAGACCUCUGGCAAACCUUGAUGUUAGCGCCGGCGGUGAUAUGAAACGACCAAAACGCUAGUAUUUCUCCCCGAGUCCUGGAAGGAGCUUUUUCACCAUGUCUCACCCAUGUCCCGUUUGUUUUUUCAAGCAUAUGUUUACGGAUUGUUUA